CUCUUCUUCAUCACCUGAGCCUCUCUCCUAUUGUUUCCUGCUCGCGUUCUGAGAUACCCUAAUUCUAGUUCUGUAUUCGCUCGGUAGCUUUUGCUGGCGUUCUCUUGGCAUUCAGCAUCAUGGGUAUUACGACCGAUGAAGAGCAUAUAGACACACCACAUAUGGAAGGCGAAUUGCCACCAACCCCGCCCGAAACUGUCGUCGAUGGGGAGGAGCGGAAAGAAAACGAAGACUCGAAGGACUUGACCUUAUUUCCCCUACCACCUACGAGCAAUCCUCCAACAAGUGUGCUCGAAGUCGAUAAGAAAACGCCAGAUGCACAUGUUCCAAGAGAUCCACGGCUGAUCCGAUUGACUGGAGUCCACCCCUUUAACGUCGAGGCACCGUUGUCUGCCCUAUAUAACGAAGGGUUUCUGACCACUCCCGAACUGUUUUAUGUUCGCAACCAUGGUCCCGUGCCGCUUGUGGAAGAUGAAGAUAUUCCGACGUGGGAAUUCACGGUGGAGGGACUGGUGGAAAAUCCUAUCACUAUCUCUUUGAAGGAACUGAUAGAAGAUUACGAGCAAUUGACCGCUCCAAUCACUCUUGUCUGUGCAGGCAAUAGGAGAAAGGAGCAGAAUGUAGUUCGGAAGACGAAAGGCUUUUCAUGGGGCGCAGCGGGUGUUUCUACCGCGCUUUGGACGGGCUGUCUCAUGUCAGAGGUCAUUCGGCGAGCUAAACCAAUCAGAAGAGCAAGAUAUGUGUGCAUGGAAGGCGCAGACAAGUUACCAAACGGCUACUACGGCACCUCGGUGAAGCUCAAUUGGGUAAUGGACCCAAAUCGCGGCAUCAUGCUAGCACACAAGAUGAAUGGCGAGAUGCUACGGCCAGAUCAUGGCAAGCCACUGCGAGCGGUGAUACCUGGUCAAAUCGGCGGCCGAAGCGUGAAGUGGUUGAAGAAACUCAUUCUCACAGACCAGCCGAGUGAUAACUGGUAUCAUAUAUACGACAACCGAGUGCUACCUACAAUGGUAUCACCAGAAGAAUCGGCCAGCAAUCCAUCGUGGUGGAAGGAUGAUCGAUACGCCAUCUAUGGGUUGAGUACAAAUUCUGCAAUUGCAUAUCCUGCACAUGAGGAGCAGCUGUGCAUUGUAGGAGCACCACAAAAGUACCGAGUGAAAGGAUACGCAUACGGUGGUGAUGGACGGAGGGUAACCCGGGUAGAGGUGUCCAUUGACAAGGGAAAAACUUGGAGGUUAUCUAACAUCGACUACGCGGAAGACAGGUAUCGAGAGGGUUACGAACAAAAUCUAUAUGGCGGUUCCCUGGACGUGCCUUGGCGCGAGUCAAGCUUCUGCUGGUGUUUUUGGGCAAUCGAUAUCCCGGUCGAGGAGCUGAAAGGUGCGAAAGAUAUUUUGGUGAGGGCGAUGGAUGAAAGUAUGAACAUACAACCGAGAGACCUUUACUGGUCGGUUCUCGGAAUGAUGAACAAUCCCUGGUAUCGCAUCACGAUAAGUCAUGAAAAUGACUACCUGAGGUUCGAACAUCCGACGCAACCGGCACUUAUCCCGGGUGGGUGGAUGGAAAGGGUGAAAAAAUCUGGUGGGAAUCUCAUGAAUGGGUAUUGGGGAGAGAGGAUAGACGGAGUAGAACCAGAGGCACCAGUCGAGGAACAGGUUACUGAAGUCAAAAUGACAAAGGACGAUGUCAACCAGGUGAUCACAAUCGACGAAUUGAGAAAACACGAUACGGAAGAAAGCCCGUGGUUUGUGGUAAACGGAGAAGUGUAUGAUGGGACCGCGUUUCUCAAUGGGCACCCAGGAGGUGCUCAAAGUAUCAUCUCUGCUGCCGGGCUCGACAGCACAGAUGAGUUCAUGGCUAUUCAUAGCGAAACUGCAAAGGCUAUGAUGCCAGCAUAUCACGUGGGCUCCUUAGACGAAGCCUCACGCCGCGUGCUCAGCGAAGGCGAAGUUCAGCAAGAUCCAUCAAAUGAGCCUCGACCUGUCUUCCUCAACAGCCGCAACUGGACAAAGGCAAUCCUGCACUCCAAGACGAACGUAUCAUGGGACACGCGCAUCUUCUCCUUCAAACUCGAGCACGACGAACAGUCCCUCGGCCUCCCAACCGGCCAGCAUUUGAUGAUCCGUCUCCGGGAUCCAGUGACGCGAGAAGCAAUCAUCCGCAGCUACACCCCCAUCUCAGAAACUACCAGAAAGGGAUAUGCCGAUGUCCUUGUGAAGAUCUACUUCGACACUAAAGAGCGGGAAGGCGGCAAAAUGACUAAAGCGAUGGACGCGCUCCCGAUUGGACACUUCAUCGACUUCAAAGGCCCCAUCGGCAAGUUCGAGUACCUUGGCCGCGGCGUGUGCGCCAUAAACGCCGUCAAGCGGAGCGUCAAGCGCCUCAUCAUGAUUUGUGGCGGAUCUGGUAUCACGCCCAUCUUCCAGGUGCUUCGUGCGGUCAUGCAGGAUAAGGAAGAUCCUACUACGUGCGUUGUGUUGAAUGGGAAUCGUCUGGUUGAGGAUAUCCUCUGCAAGGAAGAUCUCGACGUUUUCGCGAGGGACAAUGUCGACAGGUGCAAGUUGCUAUAUACGCUGACGAAGGGCCCAGAAGACUGGACGGGUCUUAGGGGGAGAAUUGGGGCGCCAUUGCUGAAAGAGCACUGUAUAAAGGGGGCAGAGGGCGACACGAUGGUGCUGAUUUGUGGACCAGAAGCAUUAGAGAAGAGUGUGCAUUCUGCGUUGAAUGAGCAAGGUUGGCCGGACUCGGAUUUGUUGUUCUUUUGAUUCGAACGGGUGCAUUUGCGGCAUAUGGCAUUAGUUCUAAGGCCUGGAGUUCGAGGAUGAAGCAUUUGUCUUCUGUUCUAUUGCAUCUGUAUAUAAGCAUAGCUACGGCCAUAUCAUCCUGAACAUAUGCGCACGAAACUGAAAUAUCUCAGAUCCACAUGUUUCAGAGUC